AUGAGCCUAAAUUUACCAAUACGGCGAGCGGCUUGCUCAGCCCCACAAACAUGCCACCCUCCUCGUCAGCUCGUCAUCCAUCGAUUAUCGCCCUUCUCACAGCGUCGUACAUUCAUCGGACGAUGGUUUCGCGACAAAGAUGACGAAAAAGCGGUACCUAAAGCCACAAAUCCCAAAGAACGCCUCGCCGCAUCAUUUCUGAAAGAGAAACCCUCGAAACCGAAGAUGAAUUUUGGGGGGCUUUCCAAAUCCUCCAUCCUUGAGGACGAGAGCGUUGUUGGAAAACCAGACGAGAAAUCUAGCGGGAAGCCCGUGGAUUACGAAAAGGAUAUUAUGAAAGUCCUCCCCAGGAACCCGGAAUCUAUGAAAGCCGCUCUGAAUCCUAACCCAGAAGCGCGAAUCCGCUGGCAGCAGAAGAUGGCUAUUCGAGAAGUCAGGAAGAGAGGAAGGUUGACGAAGAGACAAAUUCUUAAGCGCACGGAACGAGAGCUGUCAUCGAAGUCUCAUUCCAUCAAGACCUCCGUGAAGAAAUUGGUGCCACUCGCGAAGCAGAUUACGGGAAAGACUGUCGCGGAUGCGAUUAUUCAGAUGCGAUUCUCCGUGAAGAAGGCAGCGAAGGACGUAAAGGAGCACCUUGAGCACGCGAAGAACGAGGCGAUUGUCAAGAGGGGCAUGUCUUUGGGGGUGCCCGAUGGUGAUCAUUUCUCACCAUUACAUAUCCAGACCAAGGACAAGAAGACUGUGAGGGUGAACGACCCAACUACGUUGUUCAUUGAACAGGCGUGGGUCGGGAGAAGUGCUUACGGAAGGUCUCUUGAUUACCGGGCGAGGGGAAGGGUUAACGUCAUGAAAAAUCCUACUACAACUUUGACAGUUGUGUUGAAGGAGGAAAAGACCCGGAUGAGAGAACACGAGGAGAGGCAACAGAAGAUUCGAAACAGGAAGACUUGGGUUCAAUUGCCUAAUAGACCAAUCACGGCUCAGAGGCAGUACUAUUCGUGGUAG